AUGUGUGAAACUAUUAGCAAAAAAGAUAAGUUAGAAAGAGUGAGAUUGUUGCUGGGCUUUGAUGGUGUGAUUGUUGUUGAACCUCAAGGUAAAAGUGGGGGAUUGGCUUUUCUGUGGAAAAAUGAAGACGAAGCUCUUCUCUUGGGGCUUUCUCAGUCCCAUAUCGAUAUGGAAAUCACCAUGGAAGGAAAGGAAAAUGGCGUUUUAGCGGUAUUUAUGGUGAACCAAACUGUGGCCAUCGUAGACGAAGACAAGAGAGGUGGCAAUAAUUAUCCGGAUUGGUUACUACGGGGAUUUCAACAAGCAGUUAAUGAUUGUGAACUUCAGGAUCUCGAGCUCAUUGGGCAUCCUUUUACUUGGGAGAAAGGGCGUGGUACUGAUCAAUGGAUUGAGGUUAGAUUGGAUCGUGCUCUUUGUACUAAAAAUUGGUUAGAACUUUUUCCUCUUGAUAAACUGUAUAAUUUAGAGCUUUCCACUUCCGAUCAUUGUCCCAUUUUUCUUGAUCUAGUGGAUAACAUUCCUCUUGUUAUGAAAAAGAAAUUUUGCUUUGAGAAUUGUUGGCUAAGGGAACCUCUUUGUCAUCAAGUAAUUAAAGAGUGCUGGAAUUUUAGAUCUGAGUUUGAUAUUCAAGAAAAGAUCAAAUACUGUGGUGAGUUCUUGAUUGUCUGGGGUGAAGCUUAUUCGGGUGACUUUAAGAAAAGACUGAAGGAAUGCAAAGCUGAAAUUAACCUCUGGAAACAUGGUAGAGAUUCUAUUGCUAUUAACAACUUUCGGAUAGCCAAAAGUAAGUUUAAAGAAAUCCUCACUCAACGUGAAGUCUUUUGGAGGCAAAGAUCGAAACAGUUAUGGCUCCAGGCUGGAGAUAACAAUAGUAAGUUUUUCCAUGCGUCUGCUUCAGCUAGAAGACGGAGUAAUUCAAUUACUAAGCUUCAGGAUUCCAAUGGUGUUUGGACGAGUUGGGAGGAUGGGUUGGAUUGA